GGAUAGAUCAGAUGGAUCAUUGGGCACAGAAAUUAUCGGACGGGAAUUUAAACAGGCUUCUACGCGAGUCAGUACCGUCUCAUCUCCUCGUACGCGAGUCGGGCCUCGUCUAAUACCUUAUACAAAAGUUUUUCAUUAACCUUUACGGUGGCCUCCCAUAACCCCCCGAAAUGUGGUGAACAAGGCGGUAUGAAUUUCCAUUCGACGCCUUUAUCCACGAGAGCUGUCAAGAUUUCGCCUUGAUGUUCGUUUAACUGGAAUGGCUGGAAUAAUUAUUUAAGUUAUCUUUGCGCACCAACAAAAUUCGUAGCGUUCAGUAUUGACUUCAUCCAAAUUUCCAGCUAUAUCUGGGAUCCAAACACUACUCCAAUAUUGUUACACGGACCAUAUAGGUAUAAUUUAUCAAUAUAAACUUAUUUUACACAUAAAUAUAAAAGUUUCAUGUUAAUUUAUUGUUAAAAGUAUUUAUUUUACUUAUUACACUAUGUAAUACACUAUUAUUAUAUUAUGUAUCUAUCUAUAAUAGUAUAAUAGUAUAACAGUAUGAGUGCCUUGCUGUAUAGUCAACCACUACGAUUACGAGGGAGCAAAAAUGUAUGGUGUUUUUUAUCAUAGAUUGUCCUGUAUUAUCAUAUAUAGUAUUUGCUAAAGCCCAGCAGCCAGUAGCCCACAGGUUGAAAACCACUGCUCGAUGACUAGAUUCCAGAAGUCUAAAAAAUAGCAUCAAAAGUGACAUAGUUACUUAACCAAAAACAGUGUGGUUAAUUUGUAACUUAACUGAACUUAAUUAAAUAAUAAUAAACAUUGUCAAAAGAUUUAUCGAACAAUGCAUUCCAUUUGACGUUUAUAGUAAACUGAAUUACGGGUUUUUACAGGUAAUUAUCUUUAUAUUUCCAAUUUUUUUUCGUUUAUGUUAAUUUAUUUUGAUGGAGAUUAUUCUUAGCAUUUUUUUCUGAUGAUAUUUCAUUAUUAAAUAUUAAGGAAAUUUUAUAAUUUUUUUCCCUCGCCUUUAUUCCAACUAUUAGGCGUCGUUUUAAACUUCUACAUCACAUAUAGUAGCUGUUUUCAUCUUCUCAAUCAUACCCUACCACAUAUUUUUCAGUCUUCCUCUCCACCUCAUUCCUCCUACGUUUAUUUUCGUUACAAUGCAUACUGCUUCAGAUUUAUCUUUCCAAACAAUUCUGAACUAUACAACAUAGUCAGUUUCACCACAUUUUUGUAUAACUUUAAGUUGGAAUUUUCUUGUCACAUACAAACCCUGCCAUUUCUAUACAUUCUAAUCAAACACACUAAACCUUAUAUUUCACAAGUCCAUGAAAACCACUAGUUUUUAUACAAAAGUCCUAGACAUUUAAAACCUAUAACCCCUUAUUUUCAUUAAAAAUCUUGUCUUAUUCCUCUAAACUCAUACUCUGCUUUAUUUCUACUUAUCCUUAGUCCUUUUUCAUCAGGUACUACUCUCCAUUCUUCAUACCUAUUGUUAACUUAUUCCAAAUUUUCUCUUAUCAAAGCUAUAUCAUCUACAAAAAUUAUGGUACCUCCUCUCACCUGUUGACCCCGCGGACAUCUGAGAUAGGACAAUUCAUCAAAGUCUUGUUAAAACUCUUCAUACUGUUAAACAGAAUACAUCAGCUGUCAACUUGAUGCAAACUCAUUUUUUUCCUCUUAUGAUAUGUAGAGAUACCAUGAGAGUAUAUAAUCCUCUCCCACAGGGAGUUUGUUAUUUAUUUAAAUAUGUACUUUAAUCUGUUGUUUAUCUUUACAGUAUUCAACAACACAUAUUAAAAUAGAUAUAUAUAUAUAUAUAUCAUGGAAGAUGACCAAAGCUUUAAAAAUUAUCUACAUAAUUUAAAGUAAGCAAAUGAAAACAUUAAUAUUAUGUAAAAACCAAACAUAAUUGUUUAAGUGGAUACUGGAUCCAAAUUAUAGGACUAUUUGGAAACAAUUAUUACAUGAUGACAGUGGUUUACCUAAGCCUAAUGUAAAAUAAGUAUGAAGUUGUUAGUACCAUCCAUACCUACCGAUUUACACUAUGACAAGGUAGUACACCAUAGCUAGCUGAUAACCAGGUACUGGUUCUUCCAGAUUUUUACAGCACAGAUUAUUUUUUAUUUUAAAAUCUAUGAUUUCAAUAAAAAGAACCUAACCUAACCUUUUUUGAAAAACACUGUUAGUAAAAAUGCUUUAAAUUAUUUUCAUGUAUGGAGUAUUUAGUAUUUACUAUUUUGUUUUGUUUUUUUCUUUUUAACUAUUAAGAAAUAGAUUUUGUUGUGCAAAUUGUUUAGUAUUUUUUUAAAAUUAAAUUAUUCCUUCAAUAUGUCUUAUAUUAACCUAUCUAUUAAUUUAUAAAUAUAUAUUCAAGUUAAAUUUAAUCUUAAUCUAUACAAAUUAAUUGUUUUGUUUUUUAUUUAGACCAAUAAAAGAAGAAUUUAUUUAUGACACUACUUCAUACAAUUCUUUUAAUGAAAAUAAAUCAAUGCAAAUAGAGUGAGUAUUAUAAAUUUAGGAUGAAAAAGUCACAGACAAAAAUUCCAUGAGGUUCAUUAUAAGUUAUACUUGGUGAUACAAAAACAGUUUGCUUUAAUGUAUUAUAAUUAUAUUUUUUUAUAAGCAUUUUAAAUUUUUAAAAACAGCAUUCAAAAAUAUGUAUAACUGAACUUUAUUCCGAAUCGUUUUUUGUUAGCAAUAGUUUGUUGUUGCAUACAGAUAUAAAUUAAAUAACUCUUGUCCCAGUAUCAAUCCCCAUUUUACUUGAAUACACAGCAAUAAUUUAUAAUAUUAGGAAAAUUUUCCAUUUUAUUAUGUUGUAAUAACAAUAAAUUAUAAUAGGUACAUCAGAUAUAUAGUAUUAAAUUGUUUCAGCAAAACAAAAAGAAUAUUUAAAAAACAAAAGCUAAUACUGCGAACACAGGUAUGCUUCUGUUUUUUUGAGAAGAUAGGAUAUACAGAGUUAAAUUUAAUUUAUAUCUGAUGUACGUAACAACAAACCAACUCGUACAACGAGACACCUGUACGGCAUAUUUAGUGUCUUUUUUUAUCUUGUGGCUUUUUUCUCCAAUUAUCGUGUAUUAUGUUACUUUAUUAUCUCUAUAUAUUUUUAGUAUAACUUAUAACUUUAUAAUGUAUAUUUGUAAGUAACAUUUUUAUGUAAUUUUUAUUUGAUAGGUACUCUUUAGAUAAAAUGAUUGGAAUAAACAAAUGUUUGAAAAUUUAACAGAAAGUUACUUAAAUUUUGUACUUUCUGGUGAAUAAAAAAAAAAAAUGUGAGCUUUAUGUAGUAUUUUUAUUAGUAGUUUUUUUUAUAUAAUGUAAUUUUUAUUAUCAAAUUUUAAGAGUUUACGGACAUCUUUAAUCUUUAUGGAGGUAAUUUUAUAAUUUUCUCAACAAAUGUGAAAGAACAGGAAAAUGUACGAAAUGCAUUAGUAAAAUAUUAGUCUUUUUUUUUUUUUUUUUUGUAGAAAACUUGUCAGCAAAUUUUGCUUAAAUUUACAAUGAUGACAUUUUUUUAAAAAGAAAAUCUGACUAGGGAGGUAAUUUUGUUUUAUUUUCUUUAAUAGUUUUUCCUUAUAAAUAAAAAAUAACAUGAGAAUACCGUAAGAAAAAUGAGAAAAUAAGUACAAUAUCAAAAAAAUAUUAAAGAAAAUAUUUAAUGCCUAUGUAAUUAUUUUACCAUAAGACAUAUAUAUAUUGUUGUCAAAGCAACACUAUCAACUGAUCUCUCAGAAUCAUCUUUUCAUAACAGAUAUACAUUAAAUUUCCCCUCUACUAUCUUUCCAACUUUUACAACAGUAGCUGUACCCACAUGUGAAGUUGUCCAGCUUUUUAAUUUUAGAAAAAAAAAAACCUAACUUUAAUAAAUUACCCUAUCAUUGUACUGACCAAUGAAAAAAAAAAUUCAUUAAUUUAUAGUUAAAUACAAAUUUGAUGUAUUAUAUGUGAGACCUAUAAAACCUUUUAAACGUGCAAAUACCCAACUGGUUAACUGAUUUAAAAGAUGGAAUCUAUGUAAUAAUAUAGACCAAACAGUUACCAUUUUAUAUUAAUUAAUUAAUAUGUUGCCUGGAGUAUUAUGAAAUGUGUAUUGUACGACUGAUUUCAAAUUAAAAAUUUAUCAAUUCGUCAGAUAAAAUCACAGUUAAAAAGUAAAACGCAACAGAAUAUGAAAAAAUAAAUGAAGGAAUAUAUCAUAAAAAAAUUGUAUAAAUUGGUCGUUAGACAUGGACAUAAUUUAUUUUAAUAGGAGAGAUUAUUUAAAAUGAGUUAUUAUUAGACAUAGAUAUGUUAAGAAAUAUAAAUUAUUUGGUUAUUAUUUAUUAUCUAAAAUGUAUUGAUAUAAGAUUAUUUUUAAAAUCAGUUUGAACAUUUAAAAUAUUAUUAAAAUAAUUUUUCUUUAUUUCAUUGUGUGUGUGUAAUUCUUUUAAAACUGAAUUAAUAUAUAUGUUAUUUUGGGUACUUAAUAUGUUAAAAUCUAUAUCAGUAUCAAAAGUUAUAUUAUGGUUAUUUUCUAAACCAUGUUUAGCGAUAUUUCAAUUUGGGCCAAUCUUUUUUUUAAAUUUUAUUUCAGAAAUAUGUUCUUUAUAUCUUAUUUUAAAAUUUAUUACAGUUAAAUUUAAGUUUAUAUAUGCAGUCGCGUUUUACUUUUUGAUAUUGUGAUAUUACCUGAUAAUGAAUUUUAAUACAAAACCGAUUGUACAAUACACAUUUCUUAAUAUUCCAGGCAGGUGACGUAUUCAUUCAUUUAUUUAUUUAGGAGUAUUAAUCAUUUAAUUAUAUUAUUAUUUUAUAUAAAUUAUGAUUUACCAAAAAAAUAAAAUUAAAGGAAAAUUGAUAUUAAAAAUUAUACUUCUAGAUUCUGAGCGAGCGAGGAAUGUAUUGAUUUCAUAAUGAUAUAUUUUAUUUUUAUUUUUAACUUUUUUUGUAUUCUUUUUAUGCUAUUAUUUAUUUUAAUGAUUAUUAUAUUUUUCAGAAACAUAUCUAAUCGUAACUUUAAGGAAGUAAAAAAAGAAAUAAAUACCUACAUAAAAAAGGAAAUAGACAUCAUUGAUGGUUUGGUUUAUGAGAGUCAUAUUACUAUUGAAUCAGAACCUGUGGAAUUAAAUUUAUAUAAAAAAUCACAAUUUGAAAAAAAAUAUUUUCAAUGUGCUAAUUGUAGUAACUCAUUUGCUUCAAAAUCAAAUUUGAAAUUCCAUGUGAAAACUCAUAUGCCCAAAAAACUCUACUCAUCUAAAGUAUGUGAUAAACCAUAUUCUAUGGUAUCUGUAUUAAAAAAUUACAAAAAAGUUAAUUGCCCUGAAAGACCAGAUCAAUGUGAUGUGUCCAAGAAGACUUAUACUGCAAAAUCCAACUUAAAGAAGCAUGAACAAAUUCUCUCAGGAAAACAUCCUUAUGAAUGUGAAGAGUGUAAGAAAAAAUUUACUACAAAAUCCAACUUAAAGAGUCAUGAAAGAAUUCAUACAAAAGAAAAACCAUACGAAUGUGACAAGUGUAAGAAGAAAUUUAUUCAAAGAUCCUACUUAACAAGACAUUUAAAAACUCAUGCCGGAAAAAAUUCACAUGAAUGUAAUGUUUGUAACAAGAGAUUUUCUCUAAAAUACACUUUAAUUAAUCAUUUAAGAAUACAUACAGGUGAAAAACCCUAUAAAUGUGAAGAAUGUAAAAAGAAAUUUACUCAAAUAUCCAAUCUAAAGAAACAUAAAAGAACUCAUACAGGAAUAAAGCUUCACCAAUGUAACAUAUGUAACAAAAAAUUUUCUGAAAAAUACCAUUUAAUCGAUCAUCAAAGCACUCAUACUGGAAAAAGGCCUUAUGAAUGUGAUAUUUGUUACAAGAAAUUUUCUAAAACAUAUACUUUAAAGAAUCAUAAAAGGAUUCAUACGGGAGAAAAACCAUAUGAAUGUGACAAGUGUAAGAAGAAAUUUAUUCAAAGAUCCAGCUUAAAAACCCAUUUAAGAACUCAUGCAGGAAAAUAUUCAUAUGUAUGUAAUGUUUGUAACAAGACAUUUUCUUUAAAAAACACUUUAAUUAAUCAUUUAAGAACACAUACAAGUGAAAACCCUUAUGAAUUUGAAGAGUAUAAAAAGAAAUCUACUCAAAUAUUGAACUCCAAGAAGCAUGAAAGAACUCAUACAAGAGUAAAAGAAGAAAUAAAUACGUACAUAAAAAAAGAAAUAGACAUCAUUGAUGGUUUGGUUUAUGAGAGUCAUAUUACUAUUGAAUCAGACCCUGUGGAAUUAAUUUUAUAUAAAGAAUAGCAAUUUGAAGAAAAAUGUUUUAAAUGUGUUAAUUGUAGUAACUCAUUUUCUUCAAAAUCAAGUAUGAAAUUCCAUACGAAAACUCAUAUUGCCAAAAAAAACUCUUAAUCAUCUACAAUAUGUGAUAGAUCAUAUUCUACAUUUUCUGUAUUACAAAAUCACAAAAAAGUUAAUUACCCUGAAAAAUGUGUUCAAAAAAAAAAUUAUAUGAUUCGAUAAGUGUAAGAAGAAAUUUAUUCCAAGAUUCUAACUUAAAAUGACAUGAAAGAACUCAUACAGAAGAAGCCUUAAAAAUGUAAUAUGUGUAAGUAGAUAUUUUGUACAUCUUCCAAUUUACAAAACAAUAUGAGGAAGAUUUCUAUUGAUGUUUAAAAGAUUAUUAUUCUUCUAUUUUUAAUAUUGUAGUCACCUAAGAUUACUAAUAUUUUUUGUCGGGUCUCGUAAAUGGAACUCCAUGUAUUUUUAUAUUUGUUUAUAUUCAGUUUAUAUAAUUAAUAAGUUUACUCUUGUUAUAUUGUAAUCAAUGUUCGAGGUUAUUAUAAUAAAUUAUAGUUCCUGUUUUAGUUUUUGAAUGUUUUAUUUAUAAUUGAUAGUUAUUACCCCUUGGGAUUGGCUAGCAUAAGACGCAGCUGCCCUCGGUAAAGGCAACAUGACUAGCCUGGUAGAGAACUGCUUUUGGUUCCCAAAUGCGCUCUCUCAAAAGACUUAUUAGAUCUGCGUUUGGCGGCAUCCCUCAAAACUAAUUGUGUACAAUACAAGUUGUCGUUCUAAUAUAAGAUUAGACUGACCAAACUUUAUUUAGUUGUUGUCAGAUUAAUUUUUAUAAUCGUAUGUAGUCUGAAUAUUUUGUAUUAUUCUAAUAGUUGUAGCAGAAUUAAGGUCGUUCAGUAAGUUGGGAAAUUCUCUUAAGACGUGCAAAGAUCAAUGAGUCAUAAACGAUUAAACUCACUUGCUCUUUUAUCUAUGGAGAAUUUAUUGGCUUUUCAAAAAUGACAUAUCAUAGUUAUGAUGC